GUUCUACAUUAGAGCUGGAGGUAGUUAGGGGAACACUCAGCGUUGCUGCCUGAACUGCUUUACUACAUGCAGGGAGCAGAUUGUAAAAGUACAGCGGAGCAUGAGUGAUCCCACAGCAUAGGGGAGAUAAUGGUUCCCAUCUGCUUUGAGGACUUGUGGAGAGUUUAGAUGCUCCUGUUAGCACAGAAAGACAGCAUCGACCUUUAAGAAAGAAAGAAGGCAGGAAGCACUAAAACUUGUGGUCUCUUGUUCCUGAAGCAGCCUCCAGCUUUCUAGAUUUGCCAUAUUUGGCUUCCAAGCAUGGGCUGCUCAUCAUCCAGCGCACAGACAGUGGAGCAGGAGAAGAGACCAGGCACAAAGCCUGAGGAGAGCAGCGGAGACACAGCGGCAGUCAGAAACGGCAUCAUCGCAGAAGAUGUACGGACCAUUGAGGACCAGAUGCAGCUGCCUGUGCAGACCGCCUCACCAGACGAUGCUGGACCUGAAGACGAGAUGGAGGCUGUGCUGGAGGCCGUGGAGGCCCAGGAGGAUCUCGGGUCUGGGGAAGAUCUCCUAGUAGUUCCUGAGCCAUCUGCAGCUGGUGAGGAGCUGGCACCACAACCUACAGUAGAAGAAGAAGUUGCUGUCACAGUAACUGAGGUAUUGUCCCCAGUGGAGGAAGCACUUCCUGUAGAAACUGUAUCAGCAGAAGCCCCUUCUGAAGUCAAAGUGGUUGAGGCCCUGGAGGAGACCCCUGAAGCUCAACCUGUUGAAGCUGUGCAGACAGAGGUCCCUGUUCUUGUUGAGGAAGAAGUUCCAGUAUCGGUUGGAGAGGAGCCAGCAGGGACCGCCGGCGUUCUGGAAGAGGGAGUGGCUGAAGACGUCUCCAAAGCAGCAACUGAAGAUUCUAACCCUGUCCAGGACGAAGCCCCACCCGGCAGUACCUCACCAGAAACUGACUCAGAGACUCCUGCAGCAGCUGAAGCUUCAACAGCAACCACAGAUUCAGUAGCCAACGAAGCUGCAGCCCCAACCGAACCCUCAGAGCCUGCAGAUGCGGUAAUAGACACAACUAUUGCUGCAGCAAGUAUUCCAGAGAUGCCUCCGGUAACUGCUGCUCAAGCUGAGCCUCACUCUGCCACCAAUGAGGAGACGGAGGUUUCCACAGUCUCCUCUGAUGUUACUCCCUCACCAGACGAGGCGUCCGGUCCUGUAGGGGUUUCAGUCCCGGAGCCAGCUGAGGGUUCUGAAGCUCCACCAGUCGCGGUGAAUCCAGAGUCCAGUACUGAGACUGGAGUCACAGCAGAAGUUCCUGAGGGGAAGCCCAGCGUGACGCAAACUGAAGCCCCCGCAGAUCCAGAACCUGCAACUGAGCCGGUUCCUGAAACGUCACCAGAGGUGUCAUCUGUAAAUGAGGCCUCUAAGGAUAAAGAAGAAGAAAUAGCCAAAAAGCAAGAUUAAGAUGAUCAGAGAUCUGUAACGAAGCCACAAAGUGACAGGUGAAGACCAGAGGAGGAAAAAACCGUGAAGAAAAAACUAAAAAAGUCUAACUUCUAUUUUUGUCUCAUCAACACCAAACUGCACAAUACAUGUAUGAUUAUUGAAUCUGCCUCAAUAAGUUUUCCUUCAGGAUAAAUGAGGAUUUCCUCCGUGUUUGUAUUUAAGCAUUUACCGCGGCAGAGAGAAUGAGUUUUUCUACUUAGACCACAAAGUGCCUGGAGCCACAUGUUUUCUCAGGCACUAAAAUAUGCAACAAAAACACUUAGGUGGCGAGGAGUGUGAGGGUGCAAUGCUACACGGGAUCUCUUGGUAAUGAGGUAGGCAACUGUAGGCUUGAAGUAUUUAAAAAGUAUGAAGGAUGUUGGCACCACAUUCUUCAUUACAGCUUUCUGAGGGAAACAAGCCAAAUUUCACUGUGAAUACAAAAACAAAUGCAUGACGCUCAAAGACGCAGAGGAACAGAACUGUCUCACCAAGCAGGGUCGCAACUAGCUAAGGGUUGGUGCUUUGACAGCGGCUGUGUUUCCAUUAGAAUUGUGUGCAAAAUGUUUGUCGAUAUUCUGUUAAUGUACCCCCCCCCCGGCCCCAUCUAUUUCGCAAUUGUGGUGGUUUUAUGACAUAAAAAGCACAAUUAAAAUCAGACGUGACUAAGGUUGUUCACACUAUAAUGUUAUUAAAAAUAAAUGCCGCGCCACCAUCAUCCAACCACUUCCUGUCGUUUUGUCAUUUCCGUCAGUAGCA